GGAAUAAUAUGCAUUUGUAAUUUAAUUGUUAUUUUCAAUAACUUAAAACAAUGAGGUUUUGUAUUCUUAUAUUUCAUUCAAACCUCAUUUUAUAUUUUCUUUCCUGCUAAAUGUUUGGGGUUUGUAAAAUAAUCUUCAUCUUAUAGCAAAUUGUGGCCUUAAAAGAAGAGAAACAUGUGAUUGGUAUAGAGAUUAACCAAAUCGACGAGAACCUUACUUUAUUAAAAAGCAAGCUUACAUAAAGUAUAUUUGUUGCAUCGGAUCCUUCAAAACAUUAACUAAAACCCCGAAUGUUCUCUCAAAUAAAAUUAAAUUUACAAAAUACACAAUUCAAAACAACACGUACGUAGUGUUACCACUUACAAUUUAUAUAAACCAAACUAAGCCUUCAAAGCCAUAAACUUCUUCUCUGCCUCUUUCUUUUCUCUCUCAUCAGAAACAGUCCCUUUUACGUUUUUCUUCUGAAAGAUGAGCUUCGCUGAUGCUGGAAGUCGUCUCUCCGAUCAAAACAAUCUCCGAGAAACAGAACUAGGGUUCCUUCGUGUACCCUCUCUAGGGUUUCCAGACCGGAGCGUUCGAGAAUUAGGACAAGAUCAAGAUCUAGACAUAACCAAUUGCUCACCGGAAGGAGUAAAAGUAAAGAAGGAAGAAGAAGAAGAUUGCUGUAAGACUCCGACACGUCUUGAUCAAAUUCUCCCGGCGAUCCCACAAACCUGUCCGCCGGCGCCGAGGAAACCUAAGGGAGUCCCGUCGAGGAGUUUGAAGGUUAGAAAUUCUUAUAAAAGCAGGAGAAUGAUCAUUCUGAAUGUUUCUAGAGAAUUCGAUUGUAUGUUUCAUUCAACAUCAUCUCUGUGUAACAAGAUUAAAAAGGCCAGACAUAUUUGAUGUUGUUUCAUAUGCUAUCAUGUAUGUAUAACGUACGUAGCUCAUGUAACCAAAUUGUAAUAAACUACGUACGAGUUAUAUAAUAAUGUAGUGGCAUUUUAUUUUUAUUUUUAACAUCUUUUUUCUGUUGCUAGUUCUUUUAUUUUGCUUGGCAAGUGGCAAGGCUUUUCAAAAUUUGGAAUAUUGUCCGUGAAAUAUUUAGAGGCGCAUACGCCUUUUGCAUGCUUUUCUCUCGUGAUUUUUGUACAUUGGAAAUAAUCGGUAAUUAGUCUACAUAAACUAUAAGCAUUGGAAAGCAGAAUAGAGUUGGUGAAAUACUUUGGUUAUGUAAAAGUGGAAUCUAGUCUUGAAACAGUAUUUAAAACUAAUGACAUUUUGUUAACUAAAAGAAGAUUUAAAUGCUUCGAUCACUGAAAUCAAGGCCAGCGUGUUUUCCCAUUUUGCCUAUCCAAAGCUAUGCAACUAAUUAUUCGUAAAAUGCAAAAAAAUAUAUCGAUUGGCCGUAUAAAGAGUUUAUAACAUAGUGAUAGUAUUUUUUUUCCCAAUUUACAUAUAUCCAAGCCUGCUUUGUCGUUGUACUCUACAUCCAAGUAGAAUAAUUUAGUCCAGACUCCAGAGGUAUUUGCAUUGGUCAAUUUGAAGUAAUGAUCCAUCUAAGGACUACUUUAACUUUUUAAGAGAGAACCCGUAUAUGUAAUAUGUUCUAUUGUACAACAUGAAGUUGUAUUUGAUGGAGUUUAAAAGAACCACAUUUUGUAUAAAUAUUAUUAUAACUGAACCUCCUAAAACCCCCGAUAGGAUAAACAUGUACAUUCAGUGAACUCAUUAUAUCAUAACAAACAUAAAGACAAUUUCCAUGAUCUUCAAAAUCUGGAUAUAUAUGACGCUUCACAAUUAUCCUUCGCAGAGUUUAUCCUGAAUAAAGGUGGCUAAUCUAGAUUUGACAAUCAUGCAAGUUACAUGUGUUUUCAUCAAAAGGAUCUUGAUGCAACAACCAUUGAAAGACUAUCAUUUUGUACAAGUUAACACGAUUCAAUUGUAAUUCUGAAAUAAGGUGGCGUAUUUUUUUUCUCUCUGGCUUCAACUAUAACUUCAUAAAUAUAUCUAUAAUAGGACAAGCUGAUCGUAAAACAAUUCUGCCCUGGUUGAGUUAUGAAUUUCUUUUUAAGAAUAUUAUUGCAAUUGACACUGUAGAGAAGCACAAACAGCUAUAGAGAUGAAACCUAACUACAUAUAUGAUAUGAUUUUAAUGCUAAAACUCUCACGUAAGUUUGAUUAGUGUGGAAAUCCCUAAACUGGUAGUGACCUUGCUUUCCACAUCUGAAGCAAUUUAUGGCUGAUCGAUUCACAAAGGAUCGGCCUCUCCCUCGUCCUCUAAAGUUGUUUCUUCCUCUCUGAUUGUUCCAUCUUCCUCUUCCUCUACCAUUCCUUGGUUCAUUUUCCACUUGUUAGACUUGCUCUUCACUUCUUCCCUCAGUGACCUUACUUUCAUGGAUUUGUAGAGGCGCUUGAAGCUCGUCUACUGUGAUCCUAUCAAUUUCCUUUGAUUCUUCAAUAGAGCAUACCAAGAAAUUGAAGUUUUCAGUGAGACUUCUCAGAAGCUUCUCCACGAUCUUCACAUCAUCCAUUCCUUCCCCCACAGUUCCUCAUGUCAUUUGUGAACUCCAUAAGUCUCACAAAGUACCCUGCAACUUCUUCACCAACACGCAUCUCCAAAGUUUCAAAGGUUUUACGAAGUCUUUGAAGUUGUGCUCGCUUCACUCUAGCAGUCCCUUGAUGCUUGAUCUUCAUAGGUUCCCACAAUUGCUAGACUGUUUCUAAGCUAAAAAGCUAGCUCUACUUAUUUUGAUUUUAACGAAAUCCAACAAUUUUUGCUUCUUUUGUUUAAAACGUGUGUGUCCAGUGUUUUAGAAACAAGAUUAUUUUAUCGACUCAUACCAAAAUUCGUCCAAUAUAUGGAAACUUUUCUGCCAUGUGCGCUCAAAUCAUAAGCAAUAUUGUAACAUCCCGAAAUAACAUCCCGAUAUAUGGAAAAAUUUAAGAGAAUUAAUUUGGUUAUCUAGCUAUAUCACCAAAAUUGAUUUACUUUUUCCAUCACACAUUCGUUUAGAACUCCAUAGUUAAUCGUGCUUGACUUAUGGGGAAGUGAUUCGCGAUACCGUGCGAGUGAUGCCAAAGCACGGAGAAAGGUUGGGUGGUGAUUGCAAGAUCAGUAAACAAUGAUUUGGAGCUUUAAAAAAUUAACGGAACGACCGUUGGAACGGGAUGAGGUCCACGGGUCGAGAGAGCGGCCAUGGGUGGUCCAUUAGCCGAGGCAGUCGGGGCUUUACAAGUGAUAUCAGAGCUGGUUAGCCAUCUCGGUUCUCACCCGAGAGGCGUCUUGAGACUUGUUGUUGGGUGCAAGAGGAUGUUGCGUUCUUUUAAAGGGAUAAAUUGUAACAUUUCGAAUUGUGAUUUAUGGAAUUGGUUACCUAUGUCACCAAAAUUAACUUAUCUUUUCCGUCAACAUCCGUUUAGAACUUCAGAGUUAAGGGUGUUUGGGCUGGGGUAGUGAAAUGAUGAGUGACCUACCGAAAAGUGAUUUGCAAUACCGUUCGAGUGAGCCCAAAGCACGGAAUAAUAUCAGGUGGUGAUUGCAGAAUCAGUAAACAAUGAUUUCGAGUCUUGGAAAAAUUAACGCACCGACCAUUGGAACGGAAUGGAGUCCAAGAACCAAGAGAAGUGUGUAGGUGGCAUAUUAACCAUGGGCGGAUGGGGCGUUAAAAAGGAUAUUAUAGAACGUAAGGAGGCAGUAAAGCUCAGAUUGGACUCUCUCUCUAGAAAGAAACGUUCAGCAACCUCGGCUUUGGUUUCCCACGUCAAUCUCAGUAUGUAACUUUUUGGGCCCUGGCGUUGGGCUUCCAGUCCUUUUUGUAGGUUUAGCCUUGACUGGAUUAGGAGUAGUUCAUAGGUACUAUCGGUUGCCUUUUGGGCCUUUGCUGUGGAUUUAUAAAAUAUUUUCAUCAGACGAUUUAUAUAUUAGUAUGUGACUCAAUGAGAGCAUCAUCUAAGCAACGUUUAAUUUAACAGUUUCGAACACAUAAAUACAGAGGGAGGUUGACAAAAAUAAAUAUAUACAGCGGGAGGAUGAACGAUAAGACUCGAGCAAAAUAUUAAUCGAGGGGACAUUACGUAUGAUUUGACUUCGAAUCAUUUUGUUGGUGAAUAAUAAUGCAAUACGGAAAUUAUAAUUAAUGAUAAAAUGCAAGAAAUACAAUAGGAAAGAGCCACAUGAAACAGAUAGGACCUACGUGAAGCAGUCGACAACAUGUUAUAUGUCAGAUUUUUUUCUGACUUCAAUUUUUAACAUAUUUUAAGAUUCCCGAUUUCUGUUUAUAAAGUUUAAGCCACCAGCGGUUCAAAAAAAAAAGUUUAUGCCACCAACUUAAAUUUAAAAAGUUACUUAAGAAAAUCAGAAUGAUCUCACAUAUGCAAAAUCAAAUUUAAAGGGAACUAGAUGUAUCGUGCGUUAAGUAGUUUUUUUUUUGACAAUGUUAAGUAGGUUUUAAGAACACCUUUUUUGAACAUUUGUUUAAUGGUUGGUCUUCCCUAACUCUGUUGCUGCUGCUGUGUGAAAUUUAACGAUGUGGCUAUUCGAACAUGAUGUAUCUUAAGAAUCAAGACUGGAGUUCCGCUUGUACCACAUAUGAACUUGAUUAGAAGCAAUGCAGAUAACAACGGUACUAUCAAAGCAGCAGAAUAAACAAGUUCGAUUUUGUUCCAAAAAAAAACAAGUUCGAUUUGACUCAAAUUUACAAAUUUUCGUGUUGUACAAAAUUUUCUUACAGAUUGAGGUCUUAUAUGCAAAUUUAAGUUUGCUUUAAAACUAUUAAGGAUACAUCGUAUCAUUGAUGUAAUAUGAUUGAUCCUCUACAUUACUCACUCAAUAUUCUUUGUAAUUACUUAUAGAAAACAUCAGUUAAUAUGGUUUAACCUAGAGCUAACUCGAUGAUCAUUGUAUACUCUUGUAAUAUAUUACUACAUGAAUGAGAAAGUCUUUACAUCUUUAAAAACUAUAUCAAAUCAAGUUUAGGUAUGUUUAAGUCAGAUGUUCUGUCGUUAAAAAAUAUUUCACACAUUAAAUGAAAGUAAUCAAGUUGACAUAUUAUUUUUUCAGUUCAUGUAAGUUUUGAGUAGAUUUUUUUAAGGAAAACAGAAUUUUGAAAUGGCUUCGUCAAAACUCGAUGGGACAUAAGUCGCAUAUAGCAAGGUUAGUGAAUAAAAGUUUUCUUUUUGUAUAAAUGUUAAAUUCAUACCAUUUUUUUUUGAGUUUUACGAUGUUGCAAUAACAACUUACUAGAUUUUGACCCGCACGCCCGUGCGGGUAUGAAUUUUUCGUUUAGAUUCAAUAUCUUUUCUAUAUUUUUGGUAUAAUAUAUUUUAAAUAGUUAUAUUUGUUUAAUAUAAUUUUUGUUUACAAUAAAUUUAUUCAUUUGUUUCUAGUCAUGAAUUGCAUAAGUCAUUUGUUUAUAUAUUUUCACAGGAUUUUCAAUUUUUCUUCACUUUUGAUACCAUUAUUCAUGCUUACCUUUUUUAGAAAGACAUUUUCACAAAUACAUUCGUUAAAAAAACAAAAGACUCUUCUAUAUUUGUUUUAUAAAUCUAUCAAUACAAAUAAUUAUUUAAAUUAAAUAAUUAUAUAGUUAUAAAAUUAUGGGACAUUUGCUAAAACCAACCCAAAAAUUCAAGUCAAAUGUAAAAGUAUACCCCACUUUCAGUCAAAUGCAAAACCAACCUAAAAGACUGGUAAAAGUACUAUUUAAUCCUUAUGACCAAACAAAAAAAAUAAAUGUAUUUUACAUUUAUAUCCUUCGUAAGUCUACAUAUAACAGAAAGAAGUCUACAUACAUGUAGACUUCAUACGAACUCUACCUUGUAGAUUUAUUAUAUAGUCUACAUUUUAAUUUGAUCUAAUAAUUUAAUUUUAAAAAUGUAUAAAAAUAUUUGUUAUGAAAUUUUUAGUUAACCUUCAAUAUAAGGGUUAAUAUGAGGUUUAUAAAUUAAAAGUUUAUAUAAUUUAACAAUUUAAGAGAAUAUAUUGAUUUGGUAACCAUGUGUUAGAACAUUGGUUAUGGUAUAGCAACAAAAGGUUCUAACAUAUUAUGUCUAUAAGGGUUAGAUUCUUAGGGUUAGAUUUUAGAUUGAGAUUUUUUUAUUAAUUUAAAUUUGUAUAUUAGUGUUGAGUAGUUUAUAUUUUGCAAAUUUUGAUAUUUGAUGCAAUAGUUAGGAUUUUUUUGAUUAUCAAGCAAAUAUUUAGAGUUUACGAUUUAUGAUUUAGGGUUCCGUAGACUUACAAUAAAGUCUACUUCACUGUAGACGAUUUUUUCUGUCUAUGUUAAUCAGUUUUAUAAAAAAUAUUAUUUUAAAAUUAAAUUUAGUUCUUUAUGAAUAAAAAUGUGAAAUCAUAUAUUAUAACUAUUAAAAAAAAUUAGUAAAUCAUAUAUUAAAAUUAUUAAAACAAUAAACUAUUAAAAUAGUUAAGAACAAAAGAAAUUUAAAUCAUAUAUUAUACUUAAAAAUAAUAAAAGAUAAAUAUCAAAAAAUCAUAGUAGACUUAUUUACAAGUCUACCAAACUGAAAAUAAUUUAUGCUAACCAGACUUUAACCAAAAUAGUUUAAUUUAACCAAACUUAAACCAGGAAAAUUUUAACCUAACCAGAUCACGUACCCCACAUAUAAAUACACUUUCUUUUGUGAAAUUAGGUUAAAAUCACAAAACCUAGCGCCGUUGCUCUUUCUCUCCGACAAGGCGAUUUCCGGCACGAUUUUCGGCACAUUUCCAGCGGUCUUCAAGUAGUUUCCAUCACCGUCCUGUCGUCGCUGCAACAUCUUCCCUCUGACAUGAUCUGGUUGGUUUCACGGCGAGCAGUGCUUCUGGUCUCAGAUGUGGGAGAUGUUGAAAGUAUCCACCCCGAAGACAACUCAUCACAAUGAUCUUGUUAGCUUCUCAGCUCUUGGCAUGGCUCGGUCUUGACGUUUAAGAGAGAUUCUCCACUGGUUGUAGACAUGACAACAUCAAUCCUGAAACUCUGAGACGAGAAAAUUGCAAGACGGGUGGAAGCUUUGUAUCCGAGUAUGCAGACCAUGUAUAUAUACUUCUCAAAUGCAGCACAUGAAGGAUAUUGCUGGUACUUUGGCGGCAGAAGAUGCUGGCCAAGUGGCUAAGCCUCGAUCAGUUCUGGAGUCCGUUGACCACAAAAGAAGAAAGAUUUUACAACAAAUGAGAGGUGAUGCACACUUGCUUAACUUGGAAGAAGGCAGUCCUCCUAUUCAACCCAAGUUCUUCAGCCCCAUUCAUCAUAAAAUGUGGAGGUAACACCAACUCAGAGCUAGUGAUCAAGGCUGAUGCACGCGUUCAAGAGCCCAAAGGGAGGUGAACUUGAAAGAGUUAUCCCAAGAGCUUCUGUUUUAGUAAAGCAUGAGCUACUCAAGGCUCUACAAUUUGGCGCAUUGUGAUCUUAUAUAUUAUUUUCGGCCACUGGCCAAAUUUGGCGCAUUUAUGCUACCUUUGGGGUCCAUAUCCAUUGUCUGUAUGUAACUUCACUUUGUAUAUUGCUAUCAUUCACAGAUCAAUAAUUGUUUACUUU